CAAAGAUUUGGUAUCACACGAUGAACUUGGGAAAAAGAAAAAGUAGUUGCUAUUGUCUUUGUUGUGAUCAGUUAAGAGGGUUGUAGAUCAUAUUGUUUUUUCUAAUAAUAGCACAAUAUCAUGGAUGAUGAAGUACCAGGAGCUGUUGGGACAAGUGCUAGUUUUGCUUUGAGAUUUGGGCAGACCAUCUUCUCUGCUGCUUCUCUUUUGUUCAUGUCUUUAGGAGUUGAGUUCCACAACUAUACUGCCUUCUGCUUUUUAGUAACAAUCAUGGGUUUGGUCAUCCCGUGGAGCAUUACACUGGCACUGAUUAACAUAUACUCUGUUUUGAUUCGUUGCCCCAUUCGUCACCCCGGAAUUCUUCUCUUCAUUGUUUUUGGAGAUUGGGCAUUAUCAUUCCUGACAUUAGCAGCAGCAAGUUCAAUAGCUGGUAUUGUUGAUGUUUUGCAGAGGGCAGAUGAAACAUUUUGUGCUGCUGGAUUAUGCAGUAGAUAUCAGAUAUCUGCUGGAUUAGCUUUCUUGUCAUGGUUCCUUUCCAUGGCUUCAUCUCUUUCCAAUCUUUGGUUUCUUUCUUCUCUCACAAGAUGAGAUCAUCAAUUUUCAACUUAUGGUUUUAGUAGUUGUAUGUAAAUAUUGGAGGAACUAUUUGUUUUCCUGCCAAAUCUUGUUUGACUGAAACUAGGAUCCGGUAAGGAGAAGGGGAAAGAAUAGCAUGAAAUGAGAUAGGUGGGGGAAAAUUUCCAAUAGCGAAUUACUUGACUCAAUGGAUGGAGGUAAACCCCUCGUUAACUUCCAACUCAAGUGUGAUGAGUCACAAAUAGAGAUAUGUUGUUAAAUUACAUUCAUGAAAAGAAACUGUCCUAUUUCCAUUUUUAGUCCAUUUGAAGAAGAAUGUAUUCAUUUUUUCUCUUUAAAUUUCCAACUUUCUGAAUGACAUUAUA